CCUGUGACGUCUUUUCCGGCUGAGUUCACGCAGACGAUGAAUUUGGACUGGUUUUCCGCAGAAUCUGCGCAGACGUGAACGCACCCCCGGAAUUAUCUGAACGGGAUCGUUAGUAUACAGAACGGAAAGGUUGCCAGGCGUAUGGUUCAAGGAGUCGAGCAUAUGCAAUGGACCAAAAUAAACAAAACGAAGAAGAUUAUGGUUAUCAGUUAUUUCCGGAGAGAAAUUCAGGGAGAUUUAAAAAAGGAUCUGUAGCAGAAAGCCUGUUCACUUUCAAUCACAAGUGUCAGGUCAUGCUGAAAGUUGCACUAGACACAAGUCCAUAUGCAAAAUUGCUUCUUGGUGCAAUGAAGCAAUCAGGAUGUACUGUUUAUAAAGAGAGGCAUUUCUCCUGUGAAGACUGUGAUGGGAUUGUCAGUGGUGGAUUUGAUGCUACAACCUCCCAGAUAGUGUUGUGCCAGAAUAACAUUCACCAGCAGGCCCAUAUGAACAGGGUAGUAACCCAUGAACUGAUUCACUCAUUUGAUCACUGCCGUGCUCAUGUUGAUUGGUUUGAUAAUUUCAAACACUUGGCCUGUUCAGAGAUCCGGGCUGCCAAUCUUAGUGGUGACUGUUCUUUCAGUAAUGAGCUGAGUAGGUUUAAAUUUGGACUAAAACAACAUCACCAGGAAUGUGUACGGGACCGAGCCCUUCGUUCAGUCCUAGCUGUUCGAAAAGUGAGUCGAGAAGAAGCGGAGAAAGCUGUGGAUGAAGUUUUUGAAAGUUGUUUUAAUGACCAUGAACCAUUUGGAAGGAUCCCACACAGCAAGAAUGAUGCAAAAUAUGCUUACAGAGAUUUUCAAAAUCGAGAUCGAUACUAUGCCAAUCUUUGAAAAAAAGGUGCUACAAGUAAUACACAGAACAGUGUUGCUGUAAAAGUUGCUGUAUUUGAGCUGCGUUUUACAUGCAACAUAUGUUUUCUGCUACUUUUUGCAACGGGUACAAAAAAUGUAAAAUAUGUACCAUUGAUUAGUAAUAUUCAAUUGUGUGUUAAAGAAAAAGAGAAGUCAAAAUGCAAAAAAAUGUAUAUGUAUCUGAAUAAAAAUAUUUAAAGAGUAA